UUGGAAAAUACCAGUACCAUUUAACUUUUAUUUUAUCCCUGUAGGCAUGGGAAUAAUUCCCAAAUCCCACUUGGAUUAUCAGAGAUGUGCAUUCUUACUAGCCUGCUAGCCCGUGUCAGUUUGUCGAAUGUAAAAGGUAUUGUGAAGGCUAGUAUAAUAGAGGGUCGUUAUAUGGUAUCGCUAUUCGGCCUAGCAAACGUUUAAGGUUAAUGUCCAUAUCAAAGUGAACAAAGUUCACCCUGUUUCGGGUAAUGGAGGCACGAAAAACACCCAGUUUCACCUGCACAAUUUUUUCAAACUCUGAACUGAUGUAGGCAACGUCUCAGUUGCAAGAUACAACUUAAUACCGGUGUUCAGACGAAAUAAACCCGGCAGUUUUCACCCUUGGCAAUGCCAUAAGGCUUUACCACGCCGGAAGCUGGCGAUGAGCCUCGUUCUGACUCAUCGAACUCCGUAACGUAGUUACCGUUGCCGUUAUCGACGUCCCUUCUGUUUUCAACAGAAAAACGAUCGCUUUUGCUCCGCUGACCUCUACGUUUCGCUCACUGCUGUAUCAUUCCAAGUGUGUCUUCUUCCAAGAUGAAUACAAGGCUUCACAUUCAAGCUCGGGAGGACAUAAUUCGCUAUUAUGGCACUCCUGCGGCUGUGAGUUUGUGGCCGUCUCAGGAUGAGGAGUCCGACUGUCGUUCCCUGGCUGUGUCCCCUUCCCGUUGUCCCGACCCCCUGAGCGUUUUCACUCCGUUCUGGGCCCGCCCUGUCUACGGUGAGACGCUCCCCGCCCCCGUCACCAUCAACCACGCCGCUUACUAUCCUGCCCCAAGUGACGACGAUGACAGUGACUACUGGGUGUACGAGGACGAGGACGACCACAGCUUUGUGGAUGACAGAGAGAUUCAUCCCCUUAGAAAGGCGCUGACGAGAGCGGCUGCCUUCUUUAGGAAGAUCUUCUCUUAGACUCCUUAUCCUUUUAAUGUCUGAAUGUGUGCAAGUGAGUGAAUGAAUGAGCAGGUGUGUAUGUAUGUAUGUAUGUAUGUAUGUAUGUAUGUAUGUAUGUAUGUAUGUAUGUAUG